UAGUCUUCAAUACUAAAAAUACAUUUAUAAUUAGAAAUUUGGGGUUCUAUUUACAUCUUUGAUUAAUCCUGCGCAGGUUAGCACUAAACAUGCUGUCGGAUGAGGUGUACGAUACGGAAUGGGACAUGAUAAUGGUGGACGCGCCGCGGGGGUACUUUGCGGAGGCGCCAGGGAGAAUGGCGGCUAUAUAUUCGGCGGCGGUGAUGGCGAAGAACCGGAAAAAAUCUGGUGUGACGCACGUUUUCGUGCACGAUAUGGACCGCAGGGUCGAGAAGAUGUACGCCGAGGCGUUUCUGUGCAAGAAGCAUUUCGUGAAGGCGGUUGGGCGGCUGUGGCAUUUCGAGAUACCGCCAGCAGCUAACGUGGGCCGCAACUUCUGCUAGGAUGCGCAUUGCUUGUUGUAUAUUGCCGCUAUACUACCAAAGUAAAAAAAAAAAAAAAAAAAAAAAAAAAAAACCCACACAAUUUUCUCUCUCCUUUUUUAUUUACAUGAUGGACAAGUGGUUUUUUUUUUUCUUUUUUUUUUUGGGUUUUAAAAUUUAUUUCACAUGGAGCAGCUCAUACCUCAUAGAUUUCAAUCGUA